CAUAGAGAGGCUUAAAGCAUAAACGAUUUUAAUUCCGGGAUCACGUCAUGUCAGUUAUGUAUAGAAACUUAAAGCUUUUUCAUGAUUUUAUAUAUAAAUUGUAAUUUGAAGACGAGAGUUUGGUUACGGGAUAUGGCUCUUCAACUUCCCUCAAGCACAAGCCCACCAUAUUUAAGUGAAUACUGGCCAGCAAUCAAGGAUAUUUUACAAACGCUCCUGAACGACGCCUCUAUCUCAAACCUAGAGGAUACGAUACUUCAGAUAUCAAAGAUAAACCAAUGUGAGAGAGCAGAGCAAAUAGAUGAUUUAUCAAGGCUUUCAAGAGUGCUUAAACAAUUUAGGGGACAUGCUGAAAACGCAGAAAUGCCAGUAAUAAAGACAAUAUGCCAAAAGGCCCUGGAAAUCGAAGAUUUGUUCCAGAGUGGAACAAUUCAGCUUCUUCAAGCAUUGAAACCCUCAAAGUUGUCAUUCAAAAGAAACGAAAUUCAUUGUUUACUUGCUCAUAUGUUUUUUGGAACAUUUCGCUGUUGCUCUCAGAAUACAUACUGCAAAGAAGAACAUACUGGCGGCCCCUUUUCUUUUCACAGCAGGAUGUCAUUCACCAACUGGUACUCAAACAAGUCCUAUCCAACAACAGAUAUAUACUUAAACGCCAUUUUAAAUUUGUUUGAGGAUGCAGGAAAACUUAGUGAUUCUGACUGCUCACUAGACUAUAGAGUUGAGUUUGAAAGAAAAGUAUUUUUUAGUUCAGAGAUAAACCUUAAUUAUUGUGAUAAUCCUCUUGUCAAAGUCAUAAUACAUUCUGAGGGACGAAUUGGAGACAUUGAGGAGACAGAGGUUGAUUUUGCAAAUGCAUAUGUUGGAGGAGGUCCUGGAGGAACUCAAGAGGAGCUAAUGCUUGGAAUAAGUCCUGAGUCAUUGCCAAUUUCCAUCCUUAAUGCAGACCCUUUAAGAAGUAAUGAAUGCAUUGUGAUAACUGGUGCUAAAAAAUAUGCAGAAUACAAAGGUUAUGGACUGGAUGCCAUUUAUCUAGGUAAAAAUGUACAGAAAUGGAACUGGGCUGCAAGAAAAAUCAUUGCCAUUGAUGCAUUGUGGUUUCAGAAAGGGACUGGUGAAAACCGAUUUGAACAGAUGAGAGAAGAUUUACUUAGACGGGAGGUUUUGAAAUGUUUUGUGGGCUUCUCAUCUCAAACAAAUGGUAUUAGCACAGGACACUGGGGAUGUGGAGCUUUUGGUGGUGACAAAGAAAUCAAAGCUAUUUUACAAGUGAUUGGAGCUUCAGCUGCAAAUGUAAAGCAUCUUAAUUUUUUUUCAUUUGGGGACAAAGUCUUUGCAGAUGAUUUUGGUAGCAUGCUUCAAGCUUUAUAUGAAAAUGACAUUAAAGUGAAAGAUUUAUGGAAGAUGGUAAUUGAAGAGGGGAAAUCAAUGAAAGAGCCAAGAACAUAUAAAGAAAGAUAUGACCCAGAGCCUUUUAUUUUUAAAAAGAUUGCAUCAAAUCUAUGUUAUCAAUGAUAAAGAAGGAUAAGAAAUAAGUUGUGUAGACUCUCAGAAUUGGGCUUGUGACAUGCAGAUCUGGAUAACCCUUGUAUGUAAGAGUUAGCUACUUGAUGAUUAAAUGCUGCAAAAUUCUUUAAAGUCCUGCAAAGUUCAAUAGAUGUAUAUUUAAUGACAAUCAUAAUUUUGUGUGUUUAAUUUGAAAGAAAUAUUUGACAAAGUAUAGGAAUUCUGCCACAUCCUAUGUUUGAGUUUUCUUUCUAAUCUCCAUAAAAGACAUCUACCUAGAUAAUAUCAGAUUUUAUAGAUUGGUAGGUCUAUGUGAUUGGUUUUGCAUAGUAUAGGCGGAAUACAUCUGGUAAUACCAGUGAUUAUUAUUGUUUAGGUUUAAUUGAUAAUAUUUAUUUUGUCGUUUGCCUUUUUGCAAAAUAUUUGUUAUGGAUCUUGGAUAUAUGAUUUGCCCUUGGCCCCCCUACUUUAAAAUUCAAGGCACGGUUUGUGUGCAGUUUAUAGAAGAUUUUCAUCUGUUUCCAUUCUCCGUGAUAUACUACUUUUUGUUUUGGCUAUUUU